UUUCAUAAACUAAUAAGUCGAGCCUUGACUUUAAUAUCAAUAAUUAAUUUAAAUGAAAGCAUUAUAACUUGCGUUCGUGCUCUACUUGGCUUUUUUUACAUCUGCAUAACUCACAGUAAAUAACAAAUAUAUAUUCAGCCAAUUAAAACUGAAGAAGAAAUCAAGAUUGAUUUAAAUUUACAAGAGAAAAUUGAAAUACAACCAAGUGAUAUCAAAAAAAAUAAAAUAUAUGAUAAGUUAUAUGAGGUUGAUUAAGAAGCAUAUGAAUACAUGAAAAAUUCAUUUAAGAAUGUGGUACAUCUUAUUUUUGAUAAGUAUGAACUUGAAUACUAUUUUAUAGGAAUGAAGAGGAAAACCAAGUUAAAUUACUAAAUUCAAUAAUUUAAAAUGUUAAUUUUACUAAAGUUGAUGUAAUAUUUGUUAAAAGUCCUGUUGGAAUAAUUGAGUCAGAAAAAGGUAUUGUUGUCAAAAACUUUGAAAAUCUAUUUUGGAUUCGAAAUUAGAACAAUCUUUAAACCUAGAUAUUUGGUAAUCAUAUUAAUUCAAUUCUAGAUAUUAUAAGUCCUAAAUUAGAAUUCUUAGAAACAGAAGAUGAUGUGAAUAAGUAUUUCAGCUAAAACAAAUUAAACUCUUUGGUUCUAUUACCAUAAAACUAUACAUUUAGAGAUUAAAUUAUUGAAGAUCUAGAAGCACUAAUAAGAAAUGGAGAUUUAAAAGAGGCUCGAAUAGAUGGAUUGAAAGGAUUCAAUUCUAAUUAUAAAAAUUUUACCGCUCCAACAUUGCUAUUACAUAAAGGAAAUAAUAAAUUUGAAUAAUACGAAUACAAUUUGACUUACACUGAUUAAAUUUUAGAUUUCUUCUAUUUAGAAAGCUUAGAUUUAAUAAAUCGAUUAGAUGAAGAUAAUUAUGCAAGAGUCUUUGGAGGACCCAUUCAAACUUAAGUUCAUCUUUUAAUUAAAGGCAUUUUAAACCAAAAUUUAUUCAACUCCUAUUAUUGGGUGGCCUAAAAUAAUAAACUAAAUGAUUUGAAAUAUCAUCGUUUAAUAUUUACUUAUUCAACUUUUGAAGAAAACCCAAAUUUAUGGUCUUUAUUUGAUUUUGAUCAAUCCACAGAUACUCCUAAGCUUGUGAUUACAGAAACAAAUUUUAGAAAAUAUCAAUUAUAAAAAUAUAUUUGUUAAUCUGAAACUCUAAAUCAAGAAACUAUUCAGUAAUUCAUUGAUGACUUUAGAAAUAAAAAUCUAACAGAAUUUUAUAAAUCUGAACCUGUUCCUGAAUAUACUGAAAAUUAAGAUAUCUAUAAAAUAGUUGGAUAGACAUUUUCCUAAGAAGUACUAAAUAAAGGAAAAAAUUUUUUAUUGUUAUUUUGGGAUUCAAAAAAUAAAGAUUUAUUUAAUGAUUAUUUCACACUUCUGAAUGAAUUUUCAUUAAUUUAAAAUAAAGAUAAAAUAAAAAUUGGUCAUAUUGAUCUUGCUAAUAAUGAACAUCCUAAAAUCACUGUAGACUCAGUUCCUAAAUUAAUGCUAUACUUAGCUGCAGAUAAAAAGGCUCCAAAAGAAUAUUUGAAAAGCUCAAAUCUAGUUAUUUCUGAACUCAAAGCUUGGUUAGAUUAUUAUAUUGGAAAUGGUAUUGCAUACAAAUAAGAAAAAACAGAUUUAUGA